AUGUUGCGACCAGUGACAGUUGAAAAUGAUAUGUUGUACAAGGGGUUCAUGUGUAAUGAUAAAAGAACUAUGCAACAUAUCGUCAAACGUUUUGCUGUAAAGAGUCACCACCCUUAUGAAGUUGUAGAGUCGACACCAUCUAUAUGGGCAGUUAGAUGUAAGAAGUGGCAAGAUGGAUGCAAUUCGCGACUUCGUGCGAUUCUUAAGAAAGCCUUUCAAAAGUUUCGCCCCAUGCUUCAAAUAGAUGGUACUCACCUUUACAUAAAAUAUAAGGGGAAGCUAUUGAUUGCAACAUCAGUCGAUUCAAAUGGACAUUUAUUACCUCUUGCUUUUGCCAUUGUAGACGAAGAGAGUCGUCAGACCUGGGGAUGGUUUUUUAAAAACCUAAGAAAAGUUGUUACACAUGAAGAGAUAUGUUUAAUUUCAGAUCGACAUGGUGGUAUUAUCUYUGCGGUCAAUAAUCUAGAUAAUGGUUGGACCGGACCUAAAUCGCAUCACAGAUUCUGUCUACGACAUGUUUCUAGCAACUCCAACCAUAAAUACAAGUGUACCGAAUUGAAAGAUUUGGUAUAUCGUGCCGGUGCUCAAUUCCAAAUUCGAAAGUAUAACAAGGAGGUGGAAAAUAUUAAAUUACUGAAUAGCUCUUGUAUGAAUUUCUUCCGCAACAUUGAGAUUGAGAAGUGGACCCUAUCACAUGAUGGUGGAUGUAGAUAUGAGUGGGCGACAACUAAUCUUUCCGAAUGUAUUAAUGGGGUGCUGAAAAGAGCUCGGAUGUUACCCAUCACUGCCUUGGUAGAACUUACAGUCUACCGAUGCGUAAAAUAUUUCGAGAAGCGGAGGGAGGAGACAAGAGAUGCUUUAAGUAGAAACGAAAAAUACACCAGGUAUGCUUACGAUAAGCUUGUUAGAUGGGCAGCGAGAUCCACCAAACACACUGUAGUCAGUUAUGAUCGAGUCGUAGGUGUGUUUCAUGUGAAAACAGGGCUUCACUAUUACAAUUCGAAAGGAGGGAACACACAAAUAAUGAGAAUUACUGCCGAAGAAUGUUCAUGUACAUGCAACAAGUGGCAAACGUAUGGCAUGCCAUGUUCUUAUUUAAUGACAGUUUGUUCACACUUAAACUUUAACUACGAGGACUACAUUGAGGAUCCUUACAAGCUUUCAAGGUAUGCUGAGGCUUACACUCCUCAAUUUCAGCUAAUCCCACAUGAAGAUUAUUGGAUCGCUCACCCAAACUUACCUAUAUUGCACCCUGAUCUAACAUUAUUGAGAUUGCCUGGAAGACCAAGGAGCUCGCGUAUUCAUAACGAGAUGGAUUUGAGAGAACCAAGUGUUCAACAAAGAUACGGGCUUUGUAAUCAACUUGGUCACAAUCAAAGAAGUUGUCCCUCGAGACGACGGGAAGCACCUUCUUAG